AUGUCGGUUAUAGCAUUUACACCACAAGAAGAUGAACUUUUUAUUGAAUCUGUGCGUAAAUAUCCAGAGCUUUAUGACUGUUCACACAUGCAAUAUUUUAAUUUAAUAAUUAAAGAUUCAAAAUGGAAAGAAAUUUCCCAAAAUAUUGGAAAGUCUGUCGAAGAUUGCAAAAAGCGUUGGAAAAAUAUCAGAGACUCUUACAAUCGUAAUAAAAGAAAAUUGGGUACGGGUUCUGAAAGAUCGCUAAAAAAAAAGUGGCCUUUGGCGGCACACGUAUCUUUUCUAGAUAAAGUUCAACACGAACGAAGUUCUUCAUCAAAUAUAAGUGUAUCUGAAAGCGCAUCUGUACUACAUGAAGAAGGAGAACUUGACAUAGGAAUAGGGGAAGAAUUUAACGGAGGAACAGAAGAAAAAGAAAAAACCACAGAUAGUCCACGACGUAUAAGAUCGAAGCAGGACAAGUUGGCAGUCAUUCUUGCAACAAGAAAUGAAGAACAAAAAAAGUUAAUAGCAGCUAUUCAGUCUCAAAAUGAGACAAUUUUAAAUAGAAAAAUGAAUGAAGAUGAUGAGAUAGAUUUAUUUUUCAAAAGUUUGGCCAUGACUGUGAAGAAAUUACCAACCAAAGGUAUCAAUGAAAUAAAAUUGAAAACAUUAGCAUUAGUGGCUGAAACUGAAGAAAAAUAUGCUGCACAACAAACAAGAAAUAUUAUAACUCAAGGAUAUUUUAACCAACCAAAUGAAAACUCCAUACAUUUACAAAUGUCACCUUCAAAUGCAUCAACUUCAACAUAUGGUACAUCUGAAAGUUCACAAGUUGAAAUUCCCGGAGCGGAAAUAAACUACUUAUAA